CCUCUCCUACCCGCACGGCCGCGGCCGGCCUAUAAAUUGGCCCCCGCGCACGGGUCAUCCUCAUCUCCUCCCUCAAACGAUCGAAUCGCCAUCUGUUCUGUGUUUGCCAGCCUCGCUCUCUCCCAUAGUCUCAUCGUCCAAGCAAGCGAAGCUAGCUAGCUUCCGCGCGCCACCAUGGGCAAGGCCAGGAUGCUCUUGGCGCUCUCGCUGGUCGUCGCCCUGCUCCUCGUCGAGACUACUGCUCCCCACGGACAGGCUCACGCCAUCAACUGCGGCGCGAGCUGCUCGUACCGGUGCAGCAAGUCCGGGCGCCCCAAGAUGUGCCUGAGGGCGUGCAACACCUGCUGCCAGCGCUGCGGCUGCGUCCCGCCGGGCACCUCCGGCAACAAGGACGUCUGCCCCUGCUAUGCCAACAUGACCACCAAGCACGGCAAGCCCAAGUGCCCGUGAUCCGGCGGGCCCUCCAUCGUCAGCUUGCUUGCUACCAAGACGUGACGCCACCAUCAUGCAUGAGACGCCUACUACUAAUUAGUAAUUACCCGUCGAUCAGUUCAUACAUCUAGUACUAUUCCCACCCUGGAUCAUAGUAUAUAUCGAUCGAUUACGCAUGCAAAGCUCCUCCGCACGAAUAAAUGAUGAAUUAAAUACAAACGCAAGGGGGUCGAAA